AUGGGAGAUCAUGUGGGACAUCUUAAGGCUGUUUUAGCAAUCUUGAAACAGCAUCAGUUGUAUGCUAAAGCUAGCAAAUGUGCAUUCGGGUGUCAAGAGGUGGAGUAUCUUGGCUACAUUAUCUCGAAUGAGGGAGUAAAUGCAAAUCCUAUGAAGAUUUCAACAAUGAUGGAGUGGCCUACUCCUAAAAAUCCUAAAGCCUUGAGGGGUUUCCUAGAGCUUACAGGAUAUUACAAAAAAUUUGUGAGGGGUUCUAUAAGAAUUGUAGCACCUCUCACUACUCUCCUCAACAAGAAUUCUUUUAGUUGGACAGAAGAGGUGACUCAAGCAUUUUUAGCACUCAAGAUUACCAUGGUAAACCCUCCAGUACUAGGGUUACCAAAUUUCUCUAAGGCGUUUGUGGUGGAAUGUGAUGCAUCGAGGAAUAUUCUUGGAGCAGUAUUGAUUUUGAAAAUGGAGGCACUAUUUGCUGGGUUAUUAGUUCAAGGUGAGGACAUAUCAGCCAGCAUUUGCUAG